UUCAAAUGUAUUGUCUAUAAUAUAGAAUGGAGUCAUUAGAGGAACACUGUUGGCGAUGCAACUUAUGGGCAAGGACAAAGGAGGCCGUGGUGGUACAGUGGUCGUAACAUCGUCUACAAUGGGAUAUAAACCAUGUCCUAGCAUGCCAAUCUACACAGCAACCAAACAUGCUCUUAUUGGUUUUAUUAGGUCAUUCGGGGAUCCKUAUCACACGAAUUUAACGGGGAUUCGAGUUAUCGCUUUAUGUCCAGGGAUGACUCUGACGGAUGCGAUACCCGAGGACGUUAAAUUGGCGUUAUUGUCGCCCAAUUUCAUACAUCUCUGGGAUAAGGACGUUGCGUCACAAGCACCCCAAGCUGCCCAAAGUGUAGGACGUGCGCUAAUUCAUGUACUACAGAAAGCUCAAAGUGGUUCGGUUUGGGUUGCCGAGAACAACAAAUCAGCGAAAGAAGUCAAGUUCCCAAACCUUUAAUUUUUAACGCCAUUUACCGAUGAUUUUUAUUUCUAUAAAAAUUGUUUUGUUUUUAAUGUUUAAAUUAU